CAAUGACCCUGACUAUCUACUCAUUGAUUGACCGAUCAGACAACUAGACAUUCGCUGUCUCCUUCUCCGUCGUCUCCUUCUGUCCUCUUGCCCAGCCAUGCACACCAAAGGAAGCUGCUGCUGCUGCUCCUUUGAGGACUACAAGCUGACGACAGAGUGGCUCCUGAACCAGACCAGCCACCGGCCCAAGGUGGCUGUGAUCUGUGGCUCUGGACUCGGCCUCCUGGCUGAUGGAGCCUCCAACAAACAGACCUUCAGGUACCAGGACAUCCCAAACUUCCCUGUCAGCACUGUUGCUGGACAUGAAGGCUGUCUGGUGUUUGGGACAAUUGAGGACACUCCCUGUGUCUUCAUGCAGGGACUCUUCCACCUGUACGAAGGUUACUCCCUCUGUCAGGUGACCUUCCCAGUGAGGAUCUUUAAGCUGAUGGGGGUGGACUCUGUCCUCGUGACCAACGCCUCUGGAGGGAUUUGUCCAGACUUUAAGGUCGGAGACAUCAUGAUCAUCAAAGACCACGUCAACCUGCCGGGGUUCGCGGGACAACACCCACUGUGUGGACCCAACGACGAGAGGUUUGGGAUCCGGUUCCCCUGCAUGUCUGACGCCUACAGUAAGGAUCUGAGGACACUGGCGUGGGACGUGAGUGUGGAGUUGGGUUGCAGAGACGUCCUCAGGGAGGGGGUCUACUGCAUGGUGAGUGGACCCAACUUUGAGACCAUCGCUGAGGCCCGGAUGCUGCUGAUCCUGGGCUGUGACUCCGUGGGAAUGAGCAUAGUUCCUGAGGUGACUGUCGCUAAACACUGUGGACUCCGGGUCCUCGGCCUGUCCCUCAUCACCAACAAGGUGUCUCUGGACUACAGUCGUGAGGAGAAGGUGAACCAUGAGGAGGUUCUAGAGAUCACUCAGAUGAGAGCGGAGGUUCUUCAGAGACUGGUUACUGCCCUGGUCCACCGCUGCCAGCAGCAUCCCGACAACACACACUGAAUACACCACACACUACUACUACUACACACUACUACACACUACUACUAUACUACUACUACUGCACACUAGUACCACUACACUACUACAGCCUGGUACUAGCUUCGUUAGCUUUUAGUCGUAAUUAUUCUCAUUAAAAGAAACAGUUGAAAUAAAUCGAAUGGUUGAAUAA